CCCUGGCGCAGCCUCCAGCUCCUGCGGGACAUGGCUCCCAGCCCCACACCGCCCUGCCACCACCAGCAGGCGCCCGUCUUCCCCGACACCCUCCUGCACGCCACCCACCCGCAGCAAGCCGCCGCCACCGCCCUACGCAUCCUCCAGCACCUCUUCCACACCCUCAGCAGCCCCAGCACCCCCCGGCACUGGCACAACGAGGCACGGCACCAGCUCCUCAACAGCCUCGAUCGGUACAUUCACUACCUGGCGCAGUGCCUGUCACGCAAUGACAGACGCUUCCGAAGCCCAGGGCCCAACAGCCUGCUGCUCAAGAUCAACAAGUACAUCAAUGCCACCAUGGUUUACCUCCAUGCCUACAACCACAGCGCCUGCGCCUGGGACCACAUUCGCAUCGAAGCUAACAACUGGUUCCGACUC